UUAUAUGUAAUACGUUAAAUAUAUUGAAAUCGAAAAUUUAAACAAACUGAAAGCUUUGGCUGAAUGGUUCUACUCGGUCUUUUGGCCCCGGCGGCGGCGAGGUGGACGCGAGGAAAAGCAACCAAGAGAACCCACGAAGGUGGCGGAAUAGCAGUUGGGAGAUUAUCGCUGUCACGUUAUGGACCGCAGGUGAUGAGCGUCCUGUGCCUUCGCACCUCCUUGCCCCAGUCUAAUCCCAACAAUAGAAAAAACUCUGCGUCCGUAAAGAUCGACCUGGUGGAAGAAGAGCCGACACCAGUAUCCUCCGGCAAAGACAUAUCCACCGACGAGCUGGCUCUCCUAGCUAAACUGGAAGAAGCCAAUCGGCUCAUAGAGUCAGAUGCAAAGUCCUUAAAUUCACUGCAAAGCAACCACAGCAGAAAGGGAUCGGACACUUCGCAGGUCUCUUUGGCGUCGGGGGGCAGCAGCGGUGGUGGGGAUGCUGCGCCCCGACGCCACUCGCCAACCGACGGUGAAGAAAACAUCUGGACACUUUGGGGUCACAUCGUCGCCGACUGGGAGAAUUACAGUAAAAAGAAGAAAGAGUUCGUCAAGGAACUGGUGCGCAAAGGCAUUCCACAUCACUUUAGAGGCAUAGUAUGGCAGCUAUUAUGCGGAGCUCACGACGCUCCGGUGAAAAAACAAUUCGCCGAAUACAUCAAAGCAACGUCGGCUUGCGAAAGGGUGAUCAGACGAGAUAUAGCUCGAACUUAUCCUGAGCAUGAUUUCUUUAAGGAAAAAGAUGGCUUGGGACAGGAAAGUUUGUUCAACGUAAUGAAAGCUUAUAGUCUUCACGAUCGCGAGGUGGGAUACUGUCAAGGCUCGGGUUUUAUCGUUGGUUUGCUUCUCAUGCAGCAAAUGCCAGAAGAGGAAGCGUUCGCCGUUCUCGUUGCAUUGAUGCAAGAGUAUCGGCUUCGAGACAUGUUCAAGCCGAGUAUGGCUGAAUUAGGAGUCUGUAUGUACCAGCUGGAGCAUCUUGUGGCUGACACGCACCCCGAGCUUCACGCUCACUUCACAGCGCAAGGUUUCCACACGUCGAUGUACGCUUCUUCAUGGUUUUUGACGCUCUUUACAACUGCGCUGAGCCUGCCUCUCGCCUGUCGUAUUUUCGACGUCUUCCUCUCGGAGGGAAUGGAGGUGAUAUUCAAGGUCGCCUUGGCUAUGCUACACUUAGGCAAAGAAGACUUACUGAGCCUCGACAUGGAAGGCAUGCUGAAGUUUUUCCAGAAAGAAUUACCUGGUCGAGCGGAGGCUGAUCCUGACGGACUGAUGAAUCUUGCGUACGAGAUGAAAAUCAACCAAAAACGAAUGAAGAAGUUGGAAAAGGAUUAUACAGUUUUGAAAAUGAAGGAGCAGGAGGAGAUGGUGGAACUUAGAAGGCUGAGAGCAGAAAAUAGACUACUUAGGCAAAGAACCGAACUGUUGGAAGCAGAGUCGGCUGAACUUGCCGACAGAUUAGUUAGGGGUCAAGUAUCGAGGGCAGAAGAAGAGGAAACAACUUUCGUUGUGCAGAGGGAACUGGCAGCUUUAAAACAUACGCAUCUAGAAACAAAUCACCAGUUAGAAAUAGCGCACGAAGAGUUAAGGUCGCUUUCUAUCCUAUUGGAGGAGAAUUUAACAUCGAAACAGUCGUCUCUUGACGAGAUGUCGCUUAAGCAAGAAGCGCUCUCGCAAAAAGAAGAAAUGAUACAGUGCUUACAGGAAGAGUUGGUCAAAGUUAGAUUACACGAGGCGGAGAAUGACGCUACGAUCAGGGAUCUAAGGGCAAGGAUACAAGAAUUAGAGGAGGACAAAAAAACACUCCGGGAGUCGAGGCCGGAUAAUUCUGUAGCGCAUCUUCAAGAGGAAUUGAUCGCCGUGAAACUUAGAGAAGCGGAAGCGAAUUUGUCUCUGAAAGAUCUUCGGCAAAGGGUAACGGAAUUAAGUUCGGCAUGGCAAAGGCAUCUUCAAGAGCACCGAUCGGCUCAACCUGCUCCGGCAGCAGAUUCGACGCCGAAGAAAUUACUGUUUUGGGAAAACCGAGGUCACGAGACUCAAAGACUGGAAGAAGAUUUGAUGACGACGAGAAUCCGAGAAAUGGAAGCUCUCACCGAGGUCAAAGAACUCAGAUUAAAAGUAAUGGAACUCGAAACCCAAGUACAGGUGGCGACGAAUCAACUUAGACGACAGGACGAAGGUGGAAAGCAGUUAAGGGACGAACUUGACGAAGCUCUGAUGAGAGAAAAAGAUCUCACAACGAAACUCCGGGAACAGCAACACAAGUAUUCCGAUCUAGAAUCAAAAAUGAAGGAUGAAUAUAUGAUGGCGAGGAUAAGGGAUGCGGAACAUGCUCAGCAAGUCGCUGAACUUACUCAUAAAAUAUCGUUACUUGAACUUAAGAACGAAGAAAUGUACGCAGAAGGCGAACUGAGGAACAAUCUAGAUGAUAGCGAACGAGUAAAAGAAUUGCAGGAUAAAGUUGCCGACUUGAAAGCUGAAGUCAUGAGGCUAGAGAGCUGGAAGCAAAGAUGGACCGGCAAAGAUGGUCCAGCGAUACGAAGUAUAAGUGUGGACACCGAGAGCGAGUUAGAUGAACGGGAUCUCAGGAUCUGUCUUCAAGAUCCAGUCAAUGCGUCAACGCCCAGCCCUCCCGACAUGUAGAUUCUAUCCAUACAAAAGUGUUGCGAUAAAAUUCACUACUCAGGCAGCUAAAUAACGAAUAACGAUACUCCAUUUUUGGCUCUGAAGCCUUUCGAAAGUCAAUGCACAAUGCUCAACUUGAAAAAAUGGAGGGAAAAAUAAUUUGAUAUUACAAUUAUUAUACAUAUAUAUGUAUAUGUACUUCAUCGGUGUCUCAUAGACGCGAAAGUAGUUCUAUUAACAAAUUAAUAUAACACUCACUGUAAUAGUAGUACAUAAAAAAAUACAGUCCCAUGCGAUAGCUCAUACUGAAAUUCAUGAAUCGAAAAAGUUCAAUCUUCUCAACUCCUUCGACUCAGUACAGACGCCAUUCUUCGGUUAUUCAAAUUUCGGACCAAUAGACGAACUUACAUUAUCGAUCGUUUAGAAUAGUAUUUUUCCCUAGAGAAAAGGCCAACUCGUAGGUGUUUUUGGUAAAUAGGUAGUAUCUAUACAGUAUAUACUGCAGUAAAUAAUGUACAAAAAAAAAAAAACAAAAAAAAAACACAACAACAUAUGAUUACUGUUCUUAGUUCGAUGAUCGUUGAUAACGCUUGAGAAAUUUGUGAGGCUGGUCGUAUUAGAAUAUAUUUCUGACACUUUGAUACGUGCCUCUAUAUUUAUAUUCCUGUCUUACGGUCAAUACUGAUUUGCGACUCGAGUUGUCCUUGCUCAAAUUUAUUAAUUUUCUUAAAUAAUUAUUUCCUAGCUUGCAAUUAACAGUAUCAAUUUUCGACACUGUUCACCACAUAUAUAGGUAUCUGUACCACUUGAUGUUCUAUUUGUAAUAUCCAGUGACUGUGUACUUAAAAUCGUUCUAUUACCGAAGAGAAAAAAUCAUAAUCAGUGAUUUAGCUAGUUGGCCAAACAGAUUUUUUUUUCCUUACACAACUACAAUGCAUGUUUCAGUCGACUAAUAAUCGCUUAUAUAAACUUUUGGAUCAUGGUAACAGCUUAGAUUUGUAAUGUGAAAAAAAUUAGAAAAACCCUGAAAUACCGAUUACGUUGAGGUUGACCCUACACUUAAUGUACUUUCCUUAUGUCAACAAGUAAAUUUCUAUGAUCCAUGAAAUUUAUUUGAGAAAGUUGAAACGGAUUAAUGAUCCUGUACAUUUGCUGGUUAGAGGUGGCCAAUGUUUUUCAAUGUUUUGAUGAAAACAUUUAAAUUUUUAUUGAUAUUCCAAUAUUUUUCAGUAUUAAAAAUAUUUAGAAAAAAUAAAAUUGCAUUUUAAAUUGCAAAUUAUAAUAUUAAAUAUCGAUCUGUAUGUAUAACACGCAAUACAGUAUCUCACUGCGGAAUAGCGAGGAACUUAUGUUUGACAGUAUAAUUUUGAUUCCUAAGAUGUUACUUAUUCUUAAUUUUAAUUAGAUCCAAGUGAAUUCCGAUUUCACUUUGCAAUUAUGUCCAAAUUGUUGAGUGAAAUUUUAGGUGAAAUUUGGGUCGCAGUUUUAUAUCAUAUUUUAGGAAGAAAAAAAAAAAUGACCCUAUUGUUAUAGAUAAAAACAACUAGAUGAGAAAUGUCUUUAGAUAAAUCUUUAUGUAUCAGCAAAUUUAUAUAAUGUUUUACAUAUUGGUGUGGCAUGUGUAGAAUCAUGAAUAAUCGGUAGAAGGAAAAAAAAAAAUCAAAGAACUUUCCAGACUUGGAUGUGUUUUUUUUUUUUCUUUUGUUUCUAAUGAGAAUGUAACCUACUCAACGUAGUGUGUCUGUGUAUCAAAGCUGCGGACAGUUUUGAAUUUUCAUAUAGAUUUUACUGUUGCAAUAAUAGAAUGCAGUACCGGCGUAUAAGCUAUAAUUGCAAUUCGGCAUAUCUUAGCUUAUCUUUUUUAGUUUCUUUUAUUCAAUUGAAACAAUUUUUAUUGUACCAAUAUGUUCUCCAGUGGACGUUCUAAUCGAUCGACACUAAUUAUCUGUAAUAAUGUAUUGUACAUAAAGUGAAAUUUGUCGAUAAUUUUCACAUCCCAUAACGUACGAUUGUAAUCAUAUGUGAUCACUGAUACUGUCAAAUUAACAUAUGGAACUCGACACUGAUUAUCAGCACGUAAUCUCACCUUGAUGAAGCUAUAUCGGAUCUUCAGGAAAAUUCACAAUUGAACUGCAAAUUUCAUCUACAACUCGUCAGAUUACGUACUGUUAAUCAGCGUAGUGUUUUAUCCAUACAAACAUCGAAUUUCAAUACUAUAUAUUUAAAAUUCUUUGAAAUAUACUAAAAGUCUGGCAUAUUUUCCUGCCUGCCUGUUU